CACAACUUUAAUAUCAGAGUUCAUCAAUCCCGGCCUCACGUACAGCACCCCACUCCGUUGACCGAGUAAAACUACCCACCGCCUGUCGAUGAAGCCCGGGCGCGUAUAUGACGCUUCAUUUGUCAAAAGUGCGAGCGGAGUUGAGCUUGCGUGGAAGCAGGCCAGAAGACUCCAUUUGGCCAUGGGACGCGUCGACUUCAAUAUCCCCAGAGAACCUGCUAGAGAUCAUUUACACGGCCUGGUAGCCGCAAUGGAACAUCGGAGUGCGCCCGCUCUGGCCCAGGAGUCUAUAGGGGCUCCACGAACCUUCCCAGAUGGUGCGAUUUAUACCUGGGUCGCUCUGGCUGCAGGCUCCUGCGGCCUGCAUACUCCCGACUGGAGUAGUUUUGGUCACGUUUUCUCUCUAACUCAAUGCUACAUUGUCCCCACGUGGCGCAAGGCUAUUCUCCCCUCUGCCUCAAAGAGAUGGAAUGCCGCCAAGCUCCCUGUUCACUCAAUUCCCCGAACGUCACCUGAAUUUCAUUGCGCAGCGGGCAACAUGGCAAAGGUAGCUUUAGGGUUGCAAUGUUGACUGCCAAAGGUUCUCAAAAGAUACCUGUGCCGCGUCAUAGUUCAACCCAACCAAGAUUCGUG